AUGCUUGAACAAGGGCUUGAUGGUGGUUGUAUGGUGAGUAGAGGUGGCGGCCGUGAGCUAGGGAAGGAGGAGAAGAGGAGGAAAUCGGAAGGGGAUGUGCAUGAUGGUCGCUUCAAACCGCCGUUUACUUCCUCACUUCGCCAGGGUUUAGUCUCGCGGGUUAUUGACAUUGAAGGUAAGACUAUAUUGCCCCGUAGGGGCACUGUUUCCUCUGCUUCACAGGAGCCGGCAAAGUUUAACGUGAUAGAUGAGCUCACAAAGAUUACUGUUUCUGUUCCUGAAACGAUGGAUGGUGUUCAACCUGAUCGUAAAAGUGAUGAAUCGUUAUCCAAGGCUGAUUUGUUUCAGGAAGAGGAGGAUAAGGGAACCAAACCACUAUCUUACGCGCAUUCUGUGAUGAAUGAUUCAGGUAAAAAGCUUAACUUUAGGUUGUUUACUUCAUUGGAUUGUCGUGAUGAUUGUGAUGUGGUAUUGCCCAAGGAAUCCAUUCGAGUAGUUAAAGAUAAGCUAGCUAACACGCUUUAUGGAUAUUUUUUGGGAGAUCGGAUUGCAUUUCUGGUGGUAGAAUACUAUGUCAAAAAUAAUUGGAAAAAGUUUGGGCUGGAAAAAACCAUGAUGAAUGCAAAUGGUUUCUUUUUCUUCAAGUUUGCGGAUAACGCGGGCAUGUUGGCUGUUCUAAAUGGAGGUCCUUGGAUAAUUCGAUCCCAACCUUUCUUUUUAAGUGAGUGGAAUCCAACCACUAAACUGGUUAAAAAGGAGGUUAAGAAUAUGCAGAUUUGGGUAAAAAUUCACGAGGUUCCUCUAGCGGCCUAUACAGAGGAUGGGCUAAGUUUAAUUGCUACAGCGAUUGGUGAGCCAAAGCUUCUUGAUUCUUAUACUACUUCGAUGUGUCUGGAUUCAUGGGGCCGAAGCAGUUAUGCGAGGGCCUUGAUUGAAGUGUCGGCUGAUAAGAAACUGAAAGAGGAAAUAACCAUGGCUGUCCCGGAGGUGGAAGGUGAUGGAUAUGUUAAAGAAACCAUGUAUGUUGAAUAUGAAUGGAAUCCGCAUAGAUGCUCUCAUUGUUGUGUGUUUGGCCACACAGAUGAUAACUGUCCUAAACAACCUAGGAAGAUGGGUAAAAACUUUAAUGGAGAUAAGCCAGUUCAACCCUCUCAGCAAGAUCGUAGUCAGGGAAAGAAGCCGGUUGUUGAUGAUGAGGGGUAUAUGGGUGUGCAUGCUAAGAAGGUUGCCUGUAAGGUAGGGUUCCCUGUAAACAAACCAAAGCCGAAAUUUGAAUACAGGCCCGUUGGAUCUAAGCCGAAGGAGUCUACUAGCAGCUCGGAUCAGGUUAAUUUGGUUAAAACUUCGAAUCCUUUUGAAGCUUUAAACUUUGCUGAUGACGUGGAGAAGGGGCAGAGUAGUAAAGAUGGAGGAGGUGAUCAACAAUUUUCGGAUGAGGAAGAGGUCAUGGAGGGGUUCAAUGAAACGAAUGAUUUUAUGAUGGAAGGUACUCUUAAUCCUAACAUAAAAAAAGGGGCAAGCACUCCUAAUCCGGGGGUUACAAAUGGCUGGGACCCGGAGAUUUUUGAUGUUAUGGUCUUAUCUCAAACUGCGCAAGUUAUGCAUGUUCAAUUAUUUGUCAAAGAGGAUAAGAAGUGGCUUUAUUGUUCAGUGGUGUAUGCGGCGAAUUACUACGUUACUCGUCGUGAUCUUUGGUCUCAUCUUUUGUAUCACAAGCAGUUGGUGGGUGAUAAACCGUGGCUUAUUAUGGGGGAUUUUAAUUCAGCUCUUCACUUAGAUGAUAAAUCUAUUGGUGUGUCUUCUAUCUCCACGGGUAUAAAGGAUUUUCAAGCUUGUGUGGCAAAUAUUCAGGUGAUGGAUAUCAAUCAGUCAGGUCUCCAUUUUACAUGGAACCAAAAGCCAAAAAAGGGUGUAGGUCUUCUUAAGAAAAUUGAUCGUAUCAUGGGCAAUCUUCCGUUUCUAGCUGAAUUUCGGAACUCAGUGGCUGUUUUUCACCCGUAUGGGAUGUCGGACCACUCACCGUGUGUCCUUACUAUGACUCGACCAAAUCCUAACAAGCGUAAGCCGUUUAAAUUUGCAAAUUUCUUGAUCCAUAAACUGGAGUUCAUUAAAAUUGGUAACCUCCAUAAGAAAGUGGCUGAUCUCCGAGAUAGUCUUAAUGAUAUUCAAUCUAAAAUUGAUCAAGACCCAUUGAAUGCUGAUCUUAGAGCGAUAGAAACAAAGUUGAAUUCUGAUUUUCAAGUUGCCUCCCUUGAUGAAGAAAGAUUUUUAAAGCAAAAAGCUAAGAUGGAGUGGUUAAGAGCUGGAGAUACCAACACUGCGUUCUUUCACGCUACUGUCAAAAGCAGGAACCAUCGAUGCAGAAUUCAAGUGGUUCGGGACGUGAAUGGGGUAGAACAUGAGGGAGAGGCGGUUCAAGAUGCUUUCGUUAAACACUAUGAAAAUUUUUUGGGAUGUAAAGAUAAUCUUUCUUUAUUUCCUACUCCUGAGCUCUUUACGAAGCAGGUGAACCCGACUGAUGCUAUUCACAUGAUUCGCCCGGUCACGGUGGAGGAGGUUAAAACGGCCUUGUUUUCUAUAGGCAGUGACAAGGCCCCAGGUCCAGAUGGCUUCUCUGCUGCGUUUUUUAAAGCGGCCUGGCAUAUUGUAGGAGGUGAUGUAUCUUUGGCUAUCAUUGAUUUUUUCAAUACAGGCAGAUUGCUUGGUCAGAUUAAUCAUACUCUUCUUGCUCCUAUUCCAAAAAACUCCUCCCCUGGAUUAGUCACUGAUUAUCGGCCAAUUGCCUGUUGUAAUGUCCUUUUCAAAUGCGUGAGUAAGAUUAUUGUGAACCGUAUAAAGGAUGUGCUUAAUCAAGUGGUCAGUAUAAACCAAUUUGCAUUUGUUCCUGGCAGAAAAAUCUCGGACAACAUUCUUCUCACUCAAGAGCUUUUACAUAACUAUCAUAGACAGUCGGGUCCUCCUCGGUGUGCAUUUAAGGUUGAUAUCCAAAAAGCAUACGACACGGUUGAUUGGUGCUUCUUGAAGAAUGUUCUAAUUGGGUUCGGUUUCAAUGUUAAGAUGGUCGAGUGGAUUAUGAUGUGUGUCACUACAACAUCUUAUUCCUUAUGCGUUAAUGGUAAUGUGUACGGCUACUUUAAGGGCAAACGUGGUUUUCGGCAGGGUGAUCCUCUCUCGCCUUAUUUCUUUACGUUGGUUAUGGAAAUUUUGACUUGUAUUCUCCAGCAGGCUGCGCGAAUUGAUAAGUCUUUUAAGUUCCAUAAUAAAUGCGAGAAACAGCGGAUUAUAAAUUUAUGCUUUGCGGUUGAUUUAUUCUUGUUUGCUAGAGGAGAUAUUAGAUCAGUUCAAUGUUUAUUGACGUCUCUGUCAAAUUUUACUAAUAUGUCUGGAUUAGUCCCGAGUAUUCCAAAGAGCACGGGGUUCUUUUGUAAUGUGCCUUCUCAUGUCAGAAACCAUAUUUUGAGCAUUAUGCCGUUUGUUGAAGGGUCUUUGCCGGUGAAAUACCUGGGAGUUCCUCUUAUUUCUUCAGGUCUUCAUUAUAAAGAUUGCAAGAUUCUUGUUGAAAGACUGGAUCAACGGAUUUCCAACUGGAAGAACAAGCUUCUGUCCUUUGCAGGUAGACUUCAGCUUGUUAAUUCGGUUCUCUCGUCUAUGCAUGUUUUCUGGUCUUCCGUUUUUAUCCUCCCCAAUCGGAUUAUUCUCGAGUUGGAAGCCAAGAUGCGUAACUUUUUGUGGUCUUCGGAUGGUUUGUUUCAUAAGGGGAAGGCUAAAGCCUCUUGGAAGUCUAUCUGUGUUCCGAAAUACGAGGGUGGCUUAGGCAUUCGCAGAAUUGGUGAUGCUAAUAAAGCGCUAAUGAUUUCUCAUAUUUGGAGCAUUCUGGUUAAACGUGACUCUCUUUGGGUGGAUUGGGUCCAUUCGUAUAGGCUAAAAGGGAAUAGCUUCUGGACUUGCAAGACAGUAGCGACCACUUGUUGUAGUUGGCGGAAGUUACUACAGCUUAGGCCUCUAAUCAGGAAUUUUAUUUGGUCUAAGUUGGGUAAUGGAAGCAAUACUUCGGCUUGGUUUGAUUGGUGGAGCCAUUUAGGUCCGCUCGGUAAUUUUUUGACUCCCAGAACCAUCUCAAAUGCGGGUUUUUCUAUUAAAUCUACAAUUCAGGAUAUUCAUGAUAAAGGAUCUUGGAGAUGGCCUGAGGCGUGGAGGGAUUCUUAUCCUGUCUUAAUCCAGCUUGAUAAUCUUCAGCUGGAUUCUAGCCGAUCUGAUCAGCUCUUGUGGAACGAUGGCAAUGAUUUAGCCGAUUACUCUUCAUCUCGGGUAUGGCAUUCGAUUAGAGAGCGUGAUGAGGAAGUAGAUUAG